AUGGCUCGGAAGAUGAGCAUUGAUAAUCUGGAGGACCAGCUGCUCUGCCCCAUCUGUUUGGAGGUCUUCAAGGAGCCCCUGAUGCUGCAGUGUGGGCAUUCCUACUGCAAGUCCUGUGUGCUGUCACUGUCUGGAGAGCUGGAUGAGCAGUUCUUGUGCCCUGUGUGCCGCAAAUCCGUGGACUGCAGCGCCUCCCCACCCAAUGUCACGCUGGCCCGCAUCAUUGAGGCACUGCAGAGCAGGGGCGAGACAGAGCCCACCCCAGAGUCCUGCCCAAUGCACCACAAUCCACUGAGCCUCUUCUGCGAGGCUGACCGAGAGGUGAUCUGUGGGCUGUGCGGCACCAUUGGCAACCACAAGCAGCACAAGAUCACCCCUAUCUCUACUGCAUACUGUCGGAUGAAGGAGGAGCUGUCUGUGCUGCUAACCGAUGUCCACCGGUGCAAGAGGAACCUGGAUGAACAGUUCAGCAAGCUCAUCAACAACAAGAUCCGCAUUGCGAAUGAGGCAGAUGUCUUCAAGUGGGUGAUCCAGAAGGAGUUUGAGGAGCUGCACAGGUACAUCGAUGAGGAGAAGGCCACCUUCCUGGAGAGUGUGGAGGGGAAGGCGGCCCAGCUCAUCGCCUCCAUUGAGUCUCAGGUCAAGCAGACAUCAGACACCCUGGAGAGGCUGAAGGAGAUGCAGAGCAUUCUGGAGACACUCAGCAACGAAAGUCAGCUUGAUUUCAUCCGUAAAUACAGCUCCUACCAGUUCAGGUGAGUGAUGGGACCCAGCAGCAUGCAGCACCA